UACUAUAAAAUAUAUUCCGAGGCACCUUGAGUUAGGUAAUGGGAUCAGAGAACAGUGCUUUAAAGCGUGAUGCAGUGGAUGAACCUUCAUUUACACUACCUUCUGGAGUUAAUAUUUAUUCAGCAAUAUUGCAGCAUGACAAACUUGCUUCAGUGUUUGUUUACAACAGAGAGAAUGAAGACAAUGUUAACAGAGCUGCCAAGCACCUGAAAACUUUACGCCACCCAUGCCUUCUGCGCUUCCUUUCAUGUACUGUGGAAUUAGAUGGAAUUCACCUGGUUACAGAGCAUGUGCAACCACUGGAAAAGGUCGUGGAGGCUCUCUCUACUUCAGAGAUAUGUGCUGGAAUCUAUGAUGUUUUACAGGCUCUUGUAUUUCUUCAUGAUAGGGGAAACCUAACCCACAACAAUAUCUGCUUAUCAUCUGUAUUUGUGAGUGAGGAUGGACACUGGAAAUUAGGAGGCAUGGAAACUGUCUGCAAGCAGAAUGAAGCAACAGCAGAGUUUCUGAAUAGUAUCCAGUCAAUACGAGAGAAGACAGGGAUUCCACCUGAAGAACAGUCUGUAGAUUUCCAGAUUCUUCCUGAAGGCCAUGGACAUUCCCGAGAUGCCUACUCAUUUGGUGUAAUGGUUGAAAAACUGCUUAGUUUUUUAAAUGAAGAAGGUCCUGUAUGUACUUCACAUAAUGUUGUAAAAUACUGCCUUUUAAAGCCAGAACGGGAGCUCACUCCAGCACUGGAGUCUUUGGCAAGCCAUAACUUUUUCAGAAACGAUUUCUUAGAAGUGGUAAGCUUUCUGAAUAGUUUAACACUGAAAUCUGAGGAGGAAAAAACAGAAUUUUUCAAAUUCCUGCUAGAUAGAGUGGCUGGCUUGUCAGAGAAGUUGAUUGCUUUGCGCUUGGUACCUCUCUUGCUCAAUCAGCUUGUGUUUGCUGAACCAGUAGCUGUCAAGAGUUUUCUUCCUCAUCUUUUGGGGCCCAAGAAGGAUAAAUUGAGUGAAAGCCAGAUCAAUGGCCUGCUGUCUCCGGCUAUGUUCCAAGCACAUGUCAGCCCAGUGCUGCUGAAACUCUUCGAGGUGCACGAAGAACAUGUUCGGAUGGUACUCCUCUCUCACCUAGAUGCCUAUGCAGAACUGUUUACACAGAAAGAGCUAAAAAACAUCAUAUUGCCACAGGUUUUACUUGGCUUGCGAGAUACUUGUGAUUCUCUAGUGGCUGUGACACUGCAAAGCUUAGGAGUGCUAGUCUCAUUCCUUGGACCUGAUGUGGUUGUGGGGGGUGACAGAACAAAGAUCUUCAAGCGUUCAGCCCCAAGUUUCACUAAAAUUAUGGAUCUUUCCUCUGAAGACUCCUCUGAUGAUGUAGUGAGCUGUGAGGGUAAACUAAUCUAUCUGCCACUACAGCAUAAUUCAAGUAUGUUUCUCAAGUGCCACAGUUCUGGAAGUUUGUCCUUCAGCAACAAGAACAAUGUACCAGGGGAAGGUUUUCAUAUUGCCCUAAGAAAAGGGACGCAAGACACUCUGAACUUAUAUAAUAUUCCUAGUGGAAUAAGUAACAUAAAUAAUGGCAACAACUGCCACCAUGUGACUGAGAAGACAGAGGAAUGGCCAGACUGGAAUGAGUGCGAAGAGCUCAAGCCAGAAAGAAAUAGAAUUGCUGACACCAAACUGAAAGACUUUUGUGUUAACAGCCAUCCAUGUCUUGCCAAUCAUGAUGGAGAAGAGAAAUCUCCUUUUAAGCUCUCUUCAGGAAACACCCACUAUGAUAGAGGGAUAAAUGACAUCGCAGAGCUGCAGCUGCCUCCAAAUACAUUUGCGCCCAAAAAAGAACUCGGAACUCUCCAAAAUAAUCCUUUGCCAGAGUCUAUCAGCAACAAUGAUGGCUGUGACCCAAGAGACCAGGAUCAAAAGUCUUAUUUGACCAAAACGUCAUUUCUAGAGAAAUCUCCGAAGUUGAAAAGUGGUUUAGGAGAAGAGUUUGUGAUCCAGGUGAAGAGGAAAGAAUUGCAUGACACAGAGCUGGACUGGUUUGCAGACAUGGUCCCAGAUAUAAAAUCUUCGCUCUUAGUUCUACCAGAAUUAGAGACCCAGUCAUUUACUCAGAGUAACUCAGAGACAGUUUUGAGCUCUGUGAGCGAUGGACAAGAAAUGCAGUUUUCUUCUAAAUUUGCAGCAUCAGAAAUUGCAGAGGUGGAUGGUGUUGGCUGGGAAGAAGACGAUCUGAAUUGGGAAGAAGAUACUAACUGGUGAUGAUGAAGAUCUUCUGUUGGUUACAGUUCAUUAGCUUCUUUCACAGUACUCUGGAUAUUCUUAAGUCCUCUCCUCAUUCUCCACUUUCACAAGCAAUGAGAACUUGGUAUUGGCAUAUCAGUGCUUGCCUUUCUGAGUUAAACCUUUAGGCCAAAACUACAGCAGGGAUUUCCCUGCCUUGGUUGCUAACAAUUGGACAAAGUGGGAUGUUACAGAUAUGUGGCUUUAUAUUUCCACAACUGUUUUAUUUCUGAAGAAUUCUAGGAAAAAUAAAUGGAUAAAUCACUA